UGCGCCCGGGGGGUCCCUGGCUGUCCCGCUGCCUCCGCCUCCUUUCGUCCGAGCCGCGCUCUCUCGCGGCUGCGCCGGCUCGGCCGCCCGGGAGACAAAGCGCCGACGCCGUCACCGUCGCCGCCACCGAGCGGGUCCUGGGCCAUGGCCAGGCCGCCCGCCGGCCCUGCGCCUCCCAUUCCGUCGCCGCCACUGCCGCCCUAGGCCUCGCUGCGAGAUGUGGAAAUAGAGGCCCAAAGAGGCUUAAAGCGUGCCUGAGAUCACACAUCCUCGACACUACAGAGCUGAUAUUUGAACCCAGAGAACAGCACACCGAAAGCAGAUUGGGCUGAGGGCAGGGAGCGCCCCCCCACCCCCCUGCAGGCCGCCGCCUCACCGUCAUGAAGCUGAAUGAGCGCAGCCUGGCCUUCUACGCCACCUGCGACGCGCCGGUGGACAACGCCGGCUUCCUGUACAAGAAGGGCGGCCGGCACGCGGCCUACCACCGGCGCUGGUUCGUGCUGCGCGGCAACAUGCUCUUCUACUUCGAGGACCCGGCCAGCCGGGAGCCUGUGGGCGUCAUCAUCCUGGAGGGCUGCACGGUGGAGCUGGUGGAGGCCGCGGAGGAGUUCGCCUUCGCCGUGCGCUUCGCGGGGGCCCGGGCCCGAACCUACGUGCUGGCCGCCGAGAGCCAGGCCGCCAUGGAGGGCUGGGUGAAGGCUCUGUCGCGGGCCAGCUUCGACUACCUGCGGCUGGUGGUGCGAGAGCUGGAGCAGCAGCUGGCCGCCAUGCGGGCAGGGGGCGGCCCCCCCGCGCCACGCCGGCCCCGCGCCCUGCCCCCCAAGGAGAACGGCUGUGCCGUCUGGAGCACCGAACUACCCGCCGCCCCCAUUGGCACCUCAACCGGCCCGUGGCCUGGUCCUGAGCCCCCGCCACUGCCACCCCGCCGGCGCUCAGUGCCCAACGGGCCUCUGGACUCAGCCUCCUUCGCCCAGCUGCACGAGUGGUACGGGCAGGAGGUCAGGGCCCUGAGGAGUCUGUGGCUCAGGAACCGGGCCCAGCCCUGAAGUGAUGGUGAGGGCCCGUCCUGAAGGGGAGCGUCAAAGUCACAGCCAGCCCUGAGGUCACCAGGCGUCCUGAUUCUGGAGGGACUCGAGUCCCAAGGGCUGCUCUGACAGGCCCAGCCCUGACAGACUGGGGGACCUGGUCCCGAGGGAAAUCAUACUCAAGUCUUGAGGGAAAUUGUGGUCCCUGUGUGGCCUCCUUUCAGGGGACUCAAGCUCUGAGAAGAUGCUGGACUCUGAGGGAUACUUUAGGACUUGUGUGACUCAGAGAAGGCCAUUGCCUGAUUCUAAGGAGAAUCCUGGGCCUGGCUGAGCCUCAAGAAGCCUGAGAGCUGGUUUCAAAGAAACUGUAACCCCAGUCCUGGUCCGUUUACCCAGCAAAGGCCUGUUGCUGGCAACAGGUCCUGGCUGCUGUGACUAGGACCUGACGAGGACCUGCGGCCUGAAGACAAAUGUCCCAUCAGCCCUGGUCCUGGUCUCAGCAUGGACAGAGAGAAGGCUCGGCUGUGCCACACACCUGGGUCUGACCUCCUUUUGCUCCAGGGCCUUCCAGAGAAGCUGGCUUGGCUCCAGGCUGCCUGCCUGCCUCCAGAAGCAGCAGGUGCAAAAGGCAGGCAGGUUUUAAUGCGUAACCGGUAUGGUGAGAUUGCCUGGUCCCGACCACUGCUAGCCUGGAGUGGGGCCCAGGCAAGACUUUGCCCUGGGCCUCACCCGGGCCUUGAGGUGGUGCUCCUGGCGCAGUAGUGGCCUCUGGCCUUGGGCCGUGUCUGUGUUCCUGUAGUGGCUCUCAUGUGCUCUCCUGACAGUUCUUAACUACAUCCUUCAGUCUCCUUCUCCCAGAGCCAGCUCUUCUGCCCCCAGACUGGGGUGGGGCCUCUUAGGAGCUCACCUGACCUGGUCCAGUCUGGCUGGGCAGCCAUGGCGUGCGCUGACUUUCCAGUAGGUUCCACUAGGGAGGGGUGGCCACGAGCUGACUCACCACCCAGAAAGGGCCCAGGUGCUGAUCCAGUAGGGGGCAAAGAAACAGUUACAAAGCUGUGUUUGGCUUCUGGAAGCCCCUCCCUCCAUCACAGCCCAGCCCCCCUCACCCCCCAAUAUUCCAAUGGGGAGGCUGACUGCUGUUUCAUUAUUCUCACCACAGAGGCUGUUCUUCACAGGAGAAUCUCUGAGGUUGGGACACCCCUGGCCCUCAAGCUGGGUCAUGUUUACAGUCCUCAGUGCCCUACACUGGGGACCCUCUGAGGAUACCUCCUUCCAACCUUUAUUCCCCAGAGGGUUUCUCUUGGUGACAGACAGACUUGGUCCCGAGGCCCCUUCCUGCUGUCUUUAGAGACUCUGGGGCUUGGGGAAGAAUGGGGGGCUGUCUGUGUGUCUUCAAUCACCAGCUCACUGCUGGCUCAGUUGACUGGGCUUCCAUUUUAAUUUAAUUUUUAAUACUUUGGUGGUUUUUUUCUAGCAACAAAGCUUGGUAUUGUCACUCCUUGUUUCUUGUUGGCUGGUAGUAAGGGACGGGGUGCCCGGCUCUUGGCUUGGCUGGGGUGGGGGGUGAGAGGGGACCGUUGGCACUGCCCCCAGGGAGAGGGCCAGGAACCUUGGCUGGAAACAAAGCCACCUCAAGAAUCUCACCUGGUUCUUUGCCUUCUCCCGGCAUGCCCUGCUCUGCAGCAGGGAAUUCUGGGGUCUUGGUACGCUUCCUGUCCUCCUCUUUCCCAAAUCCUGAGCAGUGGGAGUGGGGUCGGUGGCUCCUCCAUAGGUUCUGGGUCUCCAGAGGUGUUAGGAGCUACCCCGAGCCCAUGUCCUGUCCAGACCCAGCUGGUGGAUGAGGUGUUGGCCCCCGUCCUCGUGCAGGUUUACAAGCUACAAAGGUACAAUGCCCUGGUCUCCCUGGGGGACUGGUGGGAAUUGCCCCCCCCCCCACUCCCCAUCUCCAAAAGCACAAGAUGGGGUCAGGCUGCCUCCAGAGUUGGGUGGAGGAAGAAGUAUCAGGCAGCCUGGGUGGGGGUGUAAAGGCUAAAAUAAAAAAACCCAAAAGUUUGACAAGUAAUGGCUGGUUGUGUC